AUGCUAAGGAUAUAAUAAAACAAAUAUUGUAAAGAUUUGAAUCAGUAAUAAGAGUCUUAUUGCUUAAGAGAAUCUUCAAAGAAUUCAUAAAUUGAAAUGUUACCCCCAAUUAUUGUGUUUUAUACUACUGAUAUCAGAUUAAAGUUAUUAUAAAACCAAAAUUUUUUACAAACAUUUUUGUUAUAUUUAUUAAACAGAUAUCGCUAUUAACUCUGUAAAGGAUUUAAUCAUACUUCUUUUCUUGCUUAAAAUUAUUUAUGUGGACAAGAUAAAUUUUAUAAAUAAUUCUUUUAAAUAAAUAUUUCUAUUUUGUGCGCAUUUCCAAUUUAUACUUUUGAUAUGGCGAUUAUCAACAUAUGUACAUGGAUAUCUGAAUAGCAGUGUAGUAUAAAUCCUUAUUAUAAACACUAUUAAAAUUUUGAAGAAUAGAAUUAAACUAUGAUUAUAAAUCUAAUUUCAACCUACAACAUCUCUGUAAUUGAUGAUAGUUCAAGUCAAUAUUUAAAAUCUUCACAUUGUAUUUUCUUUAAAUAAUCAAAUUUAGGAUGA